AGCAUCAGAGGUAUUUCUGCACAGCCGUGUAUCUGCAUGGUGUUGCUGCCUGUGCAGGCUGGAUAAGGGGAAACAUUUACCUUCUCUGUAACAAGAAAAGUCAACUGUGAGAUUUGAAUAUGCAGCUGUGUUUGCAAAACCCCUCCAGGAAGAUUAGAUUAACUGAGUUUCAGGUCACGAAAAAGCAAUCGAAAGGAAUUAAGCACAUUCGCUCCGCCGGUUAACAUGGAACCAGUUCAUGCCUGACGACCUGCAACAUGAAAUCGUUGAGUUACCUCGGUACAACAGCCUGCUCGGGUUCUCUUGGCUUCCCGAGGAUUUUCCUAUGUUGAGGAUACAUGGACCGAAGUUUGCAUCCUAAUGCUGGGAGCAGUUCUUUUCCCAAACAGAUUCCUGUGAAGACUGUUCCACUCAAGACUGACUGGUUCAAAUCUGGAUGAUGAUACUAUGGUGGGUAUAAUUAUCAUAAUCUUUCCCACCACGACCAUCUGACAUCAGACGCAUCACCAAAGAGAAGCAGAUCCGACCAUUGAUUGAUGAGUGUGGCUGAUCAGUGGUUGCAGUGGACUCUGACCUACCCAGGAGCCAUGUGAUUCCCAUCGGUGUUUGUGUGUGAGAGCGGCCAAGGGAGAUCUGUCACUAGCUUCUACACAAGUUGACAGGAAGACGUACUCACCACCUCCAGGGGCUGAAGACACUUGGGUUCAUCAGACUGAUCCAGCUGCAGCAUGUCUCUCCUCAUCCACGUGCUGGCCUGUGCCUUCGGCCUGGGCUCCUGGGUGGCAGUGAACGGCCUGUGGGUGGAACUGCCGCUCAUCGUCAACUCUCUCCCCGAGGGCUGGGAUCUCCCCUCGUACCUGACGGUCAUCAUCCAGCUGGCCAACAUGGGACCUCUGCUGGUUACCCUCAUGCACAAGCUGUGCCCGGGCCCUCACAAAGAGUGUGUGGUCAUCUACACCAUCCUCUCCAUCGGUGUCGUGUCCUGCAUCCUGCUGGCUGUCUUCUGGGACACGACAACGGUCGUGGCCGGGGCAUCAUACAGCUUGGCCUUCUUCAUCAUCACCUUCUUCCUCUCUCUGGUGGACUGCACCUCCUCAGUUACCUUCCUGCCUUUCAUGACGCAGCUCCCAGCAAAGUACAUCACUACGUAUUUUUUUGGAGAAGGGCUGAGUGGUUUCAUUCCUGGCGUAGUCGCCCUGGCACAAGGAGUGGGCAUCGCACGGUGUGUCGACUCCAAUCAGACGGAGGGAAACCACACCCACGGAAACGCGUCCACCUCACACACUGAGUAUCUUCCUCCAAACUUCUCCAUCGAGGUGUUUUUCGCCUUCCUCGCGGUCAUGAUGUCCGUAAGCCUGGCAGCUUUUGUCGCUCUGAACAAACUUCCCCGAACAUUCGAGCUGUCCACUGAGAACCUCAUGCAAGACACUGAGGGAACUGUCAGCUCCGGCCUGGAUAACCCCGGAGCAGAGACUGAUGGAGUGGCUGUGAAGGGCCAGGGUGAGGGUGAAGUCAAGGGCAAGGCUCUGCCGGCUGCUCCCCAACUCUCCACGUACCAGCUUGCCUUCAUCUACACUCUGGUGGUGCUGGUUAAUGCUGCCACCAACGGCGUGCUGCCCUCCGUGCAGACCUACUCCUGUAUGCCGUACGGAAACCUCGCCUAUCACCUGACGGCUGCUCUGGCGUCAGUGGCCAACCCGGUGGCAUGCACCAUCGCAAUGUUCCUCCCAAACAGGUCACUGGUGUUUCUCGGUGGGCUGUCGAUGCUUGGGGCAGGAUUUGGCAGCUACAACAUGGCUAUGGCUGCCAUGAGUCCAUGUCCGCUGCUGCAGGGUACUGUCGGGGGAGAGGUGCUUAUUGUGCUGUCGUGGCUCUUCUUCACUGGAACGACGUCUUACGUGAAAGUCAUGGUGGCCGUCAUCCUGAGGGACCGCAGCCACAGCGCCCUGGUUUGGUGCGGAGCCGCAUCGCAGAUGGGCUCACUGGUCGGCUCGGUCACCAUGUUCCCGCUGGUCAACACCUACCGGCUGUUUGAGUCGGGAGAUUUCUGCAGCACCCGAUGUCCUGUGUGACUUUGAAACUUUACCAGUGUGUUGAGUAAGGUGUCCGAGGUGGAGGUAGCACGGCUCGCUCCAAAGUCGGCCUCCUCUGUGGCCGACUUUGGUCUAUGUGUCUUCCGACUAUGUGUCAUUUUUCUGUAGCAAAAACCAAAAAUAUAUAAAAUCACCUAUUUUUGAUUCAAUGGAAGCUAAGGAGGCCGAACUAUUUCUUGACAACCUCUCACCAGCCGUGUAAGAAACAUCAGGCUAGGUGUUUCCCUCUGUUUCCAGUCUUUAUGCUAAGCUAAGCUAACUGGCUCAUGAGGGUCAUAUUGAGGUAGAACAAUUUCUUUGACGUUUCUCUGCAUUUUCAAACCUCUAUUUAUGUCCAACGAGAAAGUUAUGUGUGUGUUGGUUAGUGUGUGGGUUUGUUGGUUUAUUUGUCAGCUGUUGUGGUGGGAUAAUGCCCCAUGAGAACAACCUAAUACAUUUGGUUGUGGAUGCAGAUUAAGGUGAAGAUCCAGGAACUAAGGCAGAUUAUUCAAUGUUUUCAUAAAUCUGUCUGAGAAUCAUGUUCAGAUCUUUAUUCUGAGAAUCAGGCGUAUUAUGAACUCCACCAUUUAAAAGAGUUGAUGUUUUUAUGUUCAUUCUUUUCACCUUGCAGCGGAUUUUUUAAGCCGUGUUUGCACUUGUCAAUGUGAUUCAAUCAGCUAUGAUGUAAAAACUAUAAACCUGUUUAAAAAAUGAAACAUUCAAAGUUCAA